AUGAAGCCCAAGGUCAAGUUCACCACUAUUUCUGGAAGGGCUGCCUUGACUCUCGAGAUUUCGACUGGAAUUCCAAUUCAAAUACCAGAAAACACUCCUUUCGACGGCAUAAAGCAAGCAAAGAAAGAAGCUCUUCUCAAGUUCUUUGCCAAGCGUCCUUGGAUACUACUUCCAAACAGAGAGAGUCCAAUUCCACGAAUUAUACAAAUUCUCAGAGCACUGUUCCACUUCUCGGGUCAGCCGUUCUACAUAACCUGUGAAGGCGACAUCCAACCAGUUCAGUAA